GCUUACAUGUCAAGCGCUAACAUGGAUAGCAUAUUUUAGAAGAAAAUUAGCUGCACGUUCUGGUCAUUAAUGAUAUGAAACAUUCGAAACAGCGUAAUUUAUUCUCAUAGUUUCAAGGAAUCCAAUGGUUGUCGUUUAUGUACUGUAACGGUUAUUAUUUUCGGGCAACCGCGGGAUGUUAUCAAACGUCAACUGUGUCAUAACGUGGGGUUUUAGGAGGUCGUUGGGCAACAUCAGAGAAGUUACGCUUUCUUUUCCUCCAAAUGUCACAAAAGGACGAUUCUGAAAAUGACAUAUGGGAUUAUAAGCCUCUUGAGAAGAAAAAGAAGAGACAGAAAUCGCCAUCUGCAGCUACAACUGUCACUAAAAGAAGAUGCGCAUCCAGAAAAACAUCCAAGAGAGCCACUGCCCUCUCAGUCAAAAAGGCACCUGAAAGGGCUGAAAAAGUCAAGACAGCUGAAGGCGGAGACUGUGGGACUGUGGUUAAUGUAAACGGACAAGCUAGCAGAGAGACACCCUCAAAGUUAGCUCCCAUUAAUGAGACAGUCCAAACACACAAUGCUGCUGAGGGACCAUCCUCUGGAGACUUUUGUCCAAUGUGUCAGAUGCCCUUUUCCAUCCUGGUGGUACAGUCUCAAAGAUGGCAUGUUGCUGAAUGCCUUGACAUCCCCAGAGACAAAUGCCAAGAGUGUCCAGAUGGUCUACAGUGCUCCUCCACCAUCCCAAACCAUUUCAAGAAAUUCAACCACACACUCCUGGCCCAUAGUCGGGCAAACAGUGAUACAGCCCUCCUGAGUCUGUCCGAGCAGGCUGAAACCAGCGGGGAGAGCAGCAACCUCAGUUGUCUCCCAGGACUCAUAAACAAUGAGGUGGAUGACUCCUCCUUAGAGACUUCACAGGACAGCGCUGUCAGUCUUUCUGUCUCAUCUCCGCUCAAUAAAAACACCGGAACACCUCCGUCUAAGCUUACAAAUGGACUUCUGUUUCUGCGCUCACCUGGCCCAGAGGAUUUUAAGAAAAAGAAAGGCUGGUCAUCCUCUGCUAAAGGCCACAAGCCUAUCAGUGCUUCCCAAGAAAGUAAAACAGAGCUGUCAUCCACUCCUGUAAAGGAAGACUGGGGAGGACAGGCUUGUGAAGGUUUUCCCAAAAGUGAGCCUUCUCCUGAAAAUGAUGACAUCAUAUCCUACUCUCCUCUCUCUGAGUUCCCUGCAGAGACUGAAGUCAAUAAUAGUGAGUGUAGAAAAGUCCUUUUCAAUGAUGAUGCAUUUGAAAAUGAAGAUGAAGACUCAAUGGAACUGUUUAAUGAUGGCUUCUCAAGUGAGGAUGAGCUCCUAACUCAAUUUAUAGAUAAUUUAGAUUCCAAUAAUGUGCCAGUAAAGGAUCUAUCUUCAUCAAACUCCCAGCUGGAGUCAAUUACCUCGUUAGCACCCACUAAUCAACUGGCAGUUGCUGAAAACAGAGCUGAUUGCACAGGUGGAAAAGGAGCUCAUGGUAAAUCUAGUAGUGCCAUCAGUGCUUGUAAGACUAGCAUUCAGUCUCCACAGAGUAUUGUUUUAGAGCGUCUGAGAGAAACUCUUCUAAGCUCAGAUAACCUGUGUAGCAAAAAUUUGAAUGACAGUAUUCAGUCAGAGCAGUCUCAAGCAAAUUCUCAUCAAGUGCCUUCGUCUCAAACCUCCACUGUACAAAGACCUCAAAGCAUGCCACUGCAGAAGGGACAGAGCAAGACCGGUCAGGCCUCUGGUCUCAAGCAGACGGACAUUGGGGUGUUUUUUGGUCUCAAACCCCUCAAGGAGAAGGAGAAGGAGGCCAAGAGUGGACCAAAUGAACUCAACACUACCUCUGUUCCAGCACUUGUUGAGAACUCAGGACAGAGACGUCAAAGAAGAGAGAGGCAGAGGAGGAGUAAGGUUGACACAACCACAGAUACCUCACAGGGGAUGGUGACUGUAGAUAGCAAUGAUGUUGGGAAUGCUCAGGGAAAAACCAGUAGAGAUUGGAGAAGAAGUAGGUGGAACAGAGUGAACGCUGAUGGAGAGGUAGAAUUACAACGUUGCCCGUUCUACAAGAAGAUUCCAGGCACAAAGUUUGUCAUAGACGCCUUUCGGUACGGGGAGAUCGAGGGCAUCACUGCCUACUUCCUAACACAUUUCCACUCAGACCACUACGGAGGGUUGACGAAGAACGCCACAGUUCCAAUCUACUGUAACAGAAUUACAGGGAACCUGGUGAAAAGCAAACUGAAGGUGGCGGAGCAGUAUGUCCACAUCCUCCCAAUGAACACCCCGGUGACUGUGGACGGAGUCAGGGUGAUCCUCCUGGAUGCCAACCAUUGUCCAGGAGCUGCCAUGCUGCUGUUCUUCCUGCCUGAUGGACAGACAGUCCUCCACACUGGAGACUUCAGAGCUGAUCCCUCAAUGGAAACCUACCCUGAGUUACUCAGCUGCAGGGUGCAGACACUCUACCUGGACACCACCUACUGCAGCCCUCAAUAUACCUUCCCCAGACAGCAAGAGGUCAUCAACUUCGCUGCCAGCACAGCCUUCGAACUGGUGACGCUCAACCCACGUACACUGGUGGUAUGUGGAUCCUACUCUGUGGGGAAAGAGAAAGUCUUUUUGGCACUGGCAGAGGUCCUGGGGUCUAAAGUGUGCCUCUCUAGGGACAAAUACAACACCAUGUGUUGCCUGGAGUCAGAGCAAGUCAGACAACGUAUAACCACUGACUGGAAGGCAGCCCAGGUCCAUGUACUGCCCAUGAUGCAGCUCUCCUUCAAAAAACUGCAGGAUCACCUGGCACGGUUUUCACAACGAUAUGAUCAGCUGGUGGCCUUUAAACCGACUGGCUGGACCUUCAGCCAGCAGGUGGAAUCAGUGGAGGACAUUCAGCCUGAGAUCAGUGGCAACAUUUCCAUUUAUGGGAUCCCAUACAGUGAACACAGCAGUUUUCUGGAGCUGAAGCGUUUCGUCCAGUGGAUCCAGCCUCUCAAGAUCGUUCCCACGGUCAACAACGGCAGCUGGGCGAGCAGGAAGGCUAUGGAGAAGUGCUUUAGUGAGUGGCUCAUGGAAACUAAAGCUAAACUGUAGCUUGUUUAUGGUUAAACUGUUAAACUCUAAUGCUGGUUGGUAGUAAGGGCAAACCAAUUGAUUCUCAAAUCCCAUAUGACCAUGGGGAGCAAUUAUAUUUUAACACUAACACUUGAUUACUGAGCUCAUAUCAAUAGCUUUUUAACACUAAAAAAAUGCAGUAUGAAGGUUUUGCUUUUAUCCAUGAUGGGCUGAGUUAAAAUAAUUGUGGAAGCUGUUUUGGGUAAACAUGAUCUGAGGUUGGGCACAAAUCAUGAACCACAAUCAGACCUCCUGUCAUCCAGAAGUAUUUUACAUUGGAACUCAAUUAAUUGGAUGUGUGGCUUCCUGCUGUGGCCACUUCCAGUUUGACCAUGGUUUGUCACCAAAAUGGAAGUCAUGCUGUGAAACUGUGCAAUUGCUGCUUCCCAGUGUCUGUAUUUUUUGUAUGAUAUCAAAGACUUAAUGCUGAAAAAAUAAAUGUUUUUAAACGUUCUUUUAA